AUGGAAAGAAUGAUGAGUAGCCUCCAAUCGUAUCUCCAGCAUCAUCCAUACUCUCUUUCAGUGAAUAAAAGAAUUGGAAUUUUAAGAGAUAUAGCUUGUGGAUUACAGUAUCUUCACAGCCUCAACCCUCCAUACGUUCAUGGGCACCUCACAGCAGAGAAUGUCCUAGUGAAUCAGAGGUUAAAAGCCAAGAUUGGAGGGUUUUCCAUAAUAUCAAACUAUCGGCGACAUCUAGAUACGACAUACAUGCCCCCAGCGACUGAGGGAGGGGACAGACCAUCAGAUCCAAGUCUGGAUGUUUUCUCGUUUGGACAUUUAGCUCUUGUCACUAUACUUCAAGAAAAAGUGGAACCACUUCUUCUUUCUUACUACAUCAAUGAGUCUGGUGAGGCCAGUAUUCGACAGGAAGUUCACAGACGAGCUACUUUUAUGAAAAAAGCUGAGAAAAUAUUGUCUGAAAAUAGUUCUGUGUUUGAGCUUAUCAAACUUUGCCUUUCCAACGUCCCAAGUGAACGACCCUCUACUAGUAAACUGCUUCAAGAAAUAGAUAGUUGUGAGGGUAAAUCAGGUGAUGAAGAUUUCACUGAAGAUGCAGCUGUCAAUGAAGGUGGCAUUCCUUCUAAAGCGAUAGAUUCUCAUGAGAAAAUGAGCAUUGAAAAAGCUGAAUCUAUCGUUCAAGAAAUGUUACAGAAUGAAGGAGCAUUUGAGCAAAAGAAUAUGGUGGUAGUCCUAACAGGCCUAAUGGAGGCUGGCAAAACCACACUUCUGCUUAAAAUAUUGAAGGAACCUCUUCCAGAUAAGUACUCAAGCACAGGAGCAGCAGAAAGAGCAGUAAGAUACCAUAUUGUUGACAUGAAAGAUUUAAAACUUCUUAAGAAUCCUGAAGACAUGUUUGAACUGGUGGCUAGGGUAAAGAAAAUAAUAACUAAAAAAAGUACAACCAAGGAAGAAUUAAAAGACUCAACUUCAGCAGCAGUUACAAGUAGGGUAGAAGAAAGUAUAACAAGUCAGGCACACGAGGAAGCAUCAAGUGUUGAUGUGAUUGGACAUGAGCCAACUGAGCCAGUAGCAGGAAGUAGUGAAAUCAUAACGACAUAUAAUGACAGUACAUUGAGCAAUAAAUCACCCAGCCUCAGAGAAUAUGUCGAUAUGGUCCGUAAGAAUCCAAAUGAAUGCUAUGGUGAAUUGGAGCUGGUACAUAUGAUUGAUACAGGUGGGCAACCAGAAUGUCUUGCAGUGAUGCCUACCUUGAUCCACCAUGCAGAUCUUAUACUCCUAGUUAUUGACCUAUCGUGCCCUCUAGAUGACUGCAUCACACCUACGUACCAUGAAAAUGGCCACAAGUUUGAGAAAGGGCCUUUAAUAGCAACUAAUAAGGAAAUUAUUAAGCAACUGGCUCAUACAAUGGCAGGUAGGAGUAACUCAAAAAUCCUAGUUGUUGCCACUCAUAAGGACAAAGUUCCUGAAAAACAUUUUCCGAAAGUACUAGACGAUUUGAAUGGUUUUGUAGCAGAAUAUCUCCCUUCUGAAUCACUUAUGGCCAACAAAGGUCGGGUUGUGUUUGAUAUUGACUUACUUCACCCUGACAAGACACUAGACACCAUACGUGAGACUGUCAUUAAUGUUAAGGUUAAGCCAAUUGAUAUUCCCCCAUCUUUUGUGUUGCUUGAAAAUGACAUGCAACACUUUGUCAGCAAAAACAGAAAGGUAGAAGUGUUAGAAUUCAAAGAAUGCGUUGAAAUUGGAAAAAAUCUACACAUGACAGAGGAAAUUAUUGAAGCAGCUCUAACUUACUUUCAUAAAAACAAUGUUCUUUUGUUCUUUAAGGAAAUUGGUCCAGGGCUUAUUUUUGUCGAUCCAAAAAUUCUGAUUUCUUUUUUUGACAAUCUAAUCAAAUUUUCUUACACAAUAACUGAAGGAGAAAGCAUAUGUCCAGCACUGACUAAUCCCAGGUAGACGCCCUCAGAGGAGGAAUGCUCUCAGAAGAUCUUUUUGAACACAGGGCUCUGACUGAAAACUUCAGUCCCUGGCCUCUUUGAAGCUGAUCAUGCCAUUGAAAUAUUCAAACGGUUUUAUAUUAUAGCAGAGGGAAGACUGGACGAUACAUCAGUUAACUACAUAAUGAUGUGUUUGCUUUGCCCUUUACGAGAACAAGAGUUUGUAGCAAAAAGAAUCUCAAGAGUCGAGCCUCUUUUUAUAGGGUUCGGAAAAGAAGGUUCUCCACUGAACUGGAAAGAGUGCUUCACCCCCUAUGGGUGUUUUGGUGGCACCAUUGCUUGCCUGAUGUCAAACUUCAAGUGGAAAAUUUGUACUGAUUAUAGAGACGAGAAACCUGAAUGUCUCUAUCGUAAUGUUGUAAUGCUCCGGCCAAACCGAAUGAAGCUAAAAAUAACCCUGAUAGACACGAUCGAACUCUUUGAAGUGUAUGUAGAAUCAAAAGCUGAAUGCAAGCAAGAAGAUCUCUCUAGGGUACGAAAGGAACUAGUUGGUGCAGUAAAAAAGUGUGUUCCAUUUAAAGUAUCUGCUAGAGAAUCCAGAAUCGUCUGAAGAGUGUGCUAAGUGCAAGUAUGGUCAUAGAGAAAAGCCUGAAAGCCUUUGGGCUAAAGGUGAGGCAUCACAAAAAACACAGUUAGCACCAGUGGCAGCAAAACUCUAUAUUGAUGACUUGUUUGAUGUUAAGAGUGCGUGUGAACCAGUGACUGCCAGGUGGAAAUCUCUUGGUCUGGCUCUCAGACUGAGUCCUACUCGACUGGAUGUGAUAGAGAAAGAGAACAAAAGUCUUGAUGACUGUCUAACUGAGGUCCUGACUCUGUGGCUGAAGAAGUCAUACAACACCAAGAGAAAUGGAAAUCCAACAUGGGAGCUACUGGCCGAAGCAGUUGGUCAUCCUGCUGGAGGGAAUAACUCUGCACUUGCUGACGAAAUUCGUCAAAGACACACAGUUACAGACCCGCCUUGUAAGAACACCACCACUGAGGACAGUAAAGGAGCUGCACCUUAACCACCACUACCACGCCUUCCCCUGAGCCAACGCAAGCAGCACAGAACAGAUACACAUUCUCAAACCACUUAUCGAUUAUGUAGGCAGCACACAUCAUAAUAUAAAGACAGAGCUCUAUAACCUUUUUACUAUGACAAAUGCUAGAUCAUUUAUGUGUGAUGUGCUAUAUAUACAUGUUCAUUGAGAUGACAUCGGUC